AUGCACAGAGCCCCCCCUGGCGCGUCCGGGCGCCGCGAGCGCUCCGCAGGGGACCAAUGCGGCCCGGUAGACGCGACCGGGCUUCGCUACGCUGGUGAGGGGGGGCUGCACAUCGUGUUCGCCGUGGAGGGCUCCUCGCCGCGCGAGGUCGUGCGCGUGCGCAAGCGGCUGCCCUCACGGCGCGACGAGGACGGCCCCGCGGCCCGGGCGAUCGAUGCGUGGGCGUGGCCGGGGCUCCUCCAGGAGGUGCAAACCCGGGGGGCGAUGGCGCACGCGUUCGGCGGUGCGGUGAUGGCGCCGCUCGUGGGCGCGUCCUUCGUGGCGGAGACGCGGCGCAUCGCGACGCCGACGGACGCCGCGGUCGCGGCGCUGCGCGCGUGCGGCGAGCGGCGCCCGGAACGCUGGCGGCAACAGACCGACCAAUGCCUGGCGCACGACCUGUUUGACGACACCGCGGAGCUCCGCCUGGACUACUUUGAGCCGGACGAGCCCCGGGGCGUGCCGCGCGGGGCGCCGCGGUGCGUUUUGGAGGUGAAACCGAAGUGGGGGCUGCGGCCGUGCACAUCGGCAGCGCUGGCAGGCCCGCAUGCGGACGUCAGGGCGACGACGUCGCGGUACCGCAUGCACCAGGCGCUCAAGGUCGAGGAAGGCCGGGCCGCGGCGCCGAGCGCGUACGAGCCCGCGGACCUCCUCUCCGGCGACGGCGUCCGCGUGCUCCGCGCCCUCGCAGCCCUGUCUGACAGCCCACAAAACAACCUCGGGGUGCACGGCAACACCCCCCCGCUGGACGUCCUCGCCGCGGCGCUGUGCGCCUCGGGGGUCCUCCGCGCGAUCCGCGACGUGCAGGCCCUCGACGUCAUCGGGUUUCCCGGCGCGGCGGCGCUCGUCGGCGCCCUACGGGCGUCGCUGACGUCCGACGCAGCAUGCGCUGACGUCGGGGACGCCACACUCCCCCCCGCGGCCUCGGUGGACCUGCGCGCACUGCAGAUCGCCGUGUCGGACGUCGGGAAAACCCUCGAGGCAGCUGCGAGCAGCGGAGCAGGCGCUGACGGCGCGCUAGCGGCGCUGAGGUGCGCCGGCGAGCACGGAGGCCUGUCGUGGGCGGCUGCACGCGCGGCGCUGCAGGGCUUCCAGGCGUCGAUGUGCGCGAGGGACUGUGCGAUCAUUCUGCAGGUGUGGGGCCCUCUGGAAGGGGGCGCCGGCGCGGGAGCGGCGUGGGCUGCGACUCGGGGCGUGGCGGAGUGCUGCGCGUGUCCGGAGCGCGCGCUGGUGCGCAGGGCUGGCGAGGUGUGGCGGUACAGGGUGUACGUGUCGGAUCUGGACAUCAAGCCGCUCACCCGCGUGGACGAGUGGCUGCGGAAGGACGCAAGGAUUACAGAAGCCUACGUACGCAGCACUCGGCCAGAUAUCGCGAAUUAG